AAAUCAGGAAGUAUGUACGUCAAGCCUACUACUAGGGUGCGGUUCCGGUGGUUAGAAAAGUCUGUUUAUUUUCUCAACUACACACAUUAAAGUUAGGACAAACUGAUCGUAGAUCUGCAAUAAACCCACGGUUUGCAACGAACAAUAAGGUUGGAACUACAAAUAUUUUAGCAGGAUAAACAAGUGUGAAGAUCAUCAAGAAAGUGACAUCAUACUUUUGUUCUACCCUUGGCAGCGAUGGCAGCUCAGCAGCUGCAUGGAUUGAGGACCAAAUUCAUUGAAAUGGUGUCAAAGACCGUUCUAGAUCAACUGAUGGAUGACCUCUUAGAAGACAUGGUGCUGAACGAUGGAGAAAUCGAGGAGAUAAAGGAGAACAACAUGCUGAGGGCGGAUAAGGCUCGCCAACUUAUUGAUAGUGUGCGCAGGAAAGGCAACACAGCCAGUGAGAAGUUUCUCAUACGACUCCAGGAAAGAGACAAAAAUGUCUACAGUGAGCUUAACCCCCGGGUGUAGCCAAUAUGGAUGAGAGAAAAAGUGUCUGACUCUUGACCCUCUCUUGAAAGACCUGGAGGUGCCACCCAGAGAGCCUCUUACAUUCCUUUUGACCAAGGCUUCAUAAUUAAAUGUCUUAAUGUACGGUAUUUUUUAAACAAAUGAAAUAUCUAUAUUUUUCACAAGAAUGUUUAAUAUAGAAUAAAUAUAUAUACAAACUAAAUAUAUAUAUUUUUACAAUGUUUUUCUACUGAAUUUUUAAAAUCUAAUAAAUACUUUUAUUUCUGGUUA